AUGUUUGUAUCACUUAUCUUCAUUGCUUGUGCACUACUAUACAAUGUUCAAGGAGCCGUGAAUCUAUUCUAUCCAUCAGAUGUCACCGAAGAAACUUGCUCGGGUAACAAUGGCUGGACAAUGUGGUUCAAUGUAGGAAAACCGCAGAAUGCCACCAGUGGCGAUAGCGAAGAUACGAGUAUAAUACUGGCACAAAAUCCAACAAGGCUGUGUACCUUCCCUUCUGCUAUUCAAGCACAAUCAAUUAACUAUCAGACAGGUGGUGUGUCAUAUCAAUGGCAAUGGAGACAACCAAGUGCCAUAGUCUAUCUUCUUUCAUUCUAUUCGUCUUCACCUGGUGGUGUCGAUUUUCAGGUUCGAUACUGUUGCCCAAUAAACUCAUUUGUUGGAACGACAACAACAACGACAACUCCUUCGCCUUUGGAUAAUCUCACUUGUGGAAAACAACAAAUUACACCACGAUCAAGCACAUCGAGUCGUAUUUUUGGUGGAACAGAUGCUAUUCCAAAUUCAUGGCCCUGGGUGAGUAUUGAAAAAUAA